GUUGCAUUGUAUAACGAUGGGGGGAAUCGGGGACGAAAGGAGAUGAAGAAGCCCACAAAGGGCAGCGGUCUUAACCCGUGCUUACAGCCUGAUGGCCUCUCAGCCCAUUAUGCUGGCAAUGAAGAGCCGCUUGAUGAGACAUAUGCAACCUCAUCGUCGACAGCUGCUCGCAUGGCAUACAACUAUACGCUUCCCUCAUCGUUGGUGGCCGACGGCACAUCAUACGACUAUCCACUUCCUUCAUCAUCGAUGGCUCACCCGACGUCAUACUCAACAGCCUUCGCCCAUAUGACAGCGCCAUGGGCAGUUGAGACGCCAGCCCCGCCAAGCACAACUUUGAUGCGCGAUCGCCUCUCAGAAACCCCGAUGUCACAUCACCCGGCUGGUGACGCCCUCCCAUUCUGUGGGGCACCGGACUUGGCUACGACAAUACGGCCGAUGUGUCUUCCGACGCCAUCGAUUUUGCAAUACCCCCAGGAGUUGUCGUUCGAGGGCUCCCAGCGAAUUUCCCAAAUUGCACGACCCAGCCCUUACCCUAUUGUUUCAAGUGGCAUCCGGCGUGUCUUUGCAUAUGGCCCACGACGUCCCUCUGAAACAGAGCGCGGUUCAUUUGUCAUCAUCGGCGUCAUCAAAGCAGGAGCCAAUCACACGAUCACGUCCCGGCGCCAAACUCGUCGCACGCUUCUGCCAACUUCUACACUACUACCGCCACCAACUCCCGAAGCUCCAACGAACGAAACCGACGAAACCCCAAUUCAGAAUAUAACGCAACUCCCACCAGAUCAACUAAGCAAGGUAAUUCAGGAAGCAAAAAAUGGCAUGCGCCGCCGACUCGUUUGUACAAACAUUUUCCCCACCCAAGUCGAAGCAAACUCGUUCGCAGAGGAUGCAAUCACUGACGCGCUUAGAACUCUAAUAACAGAUCCCCACUGCUGGGUCCUUGACAGAGCCAAAGAUGGCAAAGCGAUCUCUCAGGUUCUCCAAAUACCUAAUAGCAUCCGAACACUCUUCAAGAACGUUGCGUGUGCGCAGGUCCUAAUCGGCUAUGGUAUCCAUGUGUGCGACGAUGACCUCUUGCUCGACCAAACGCAAAUCCGAGAAUCUGAUCCUCCCCGACGAUUUGGGCAUCAUGCCCUCACCCAUCUAUUGAUAUCCGCCACCUGGACAAUGCCGGGAGCACUCUUCAAGUCGUUGGACGUCGACGAUGCGGCUACUAUCGAUGGUCUCGUUGCACUAGCCGGUGCUGCCCUGAGCAGCGCAUUGCACGAGGACCGUGAGGGGGCAGUUUGUGUCGUCGAAUUCUCAAAUCUCCUUGCCGGUGAACGUUACAGGGAAAUUAUUCAAAUCAUUCGUGUACUGCUAGGCCGUAGUUAUCAAGGUAGUGUUGGAAAUAUUACUAUAUGUUCCGACGUCUAG